AUGGCCGAAAAUAAGAGAAAGCGGUGUCAAAAUUUCACGUUUGAUGAAAAGGAUAAACUUGUAAAGUUAAUGAAUACUUUUAAAAAUGUUAUAUUAAAUAAAAAGACGGACGGUACAACAAAUCAAGCGAAGAAUGAAGCGUGGGUGAAUUUGUGCACAAGAUUUAAUUCCACAGGAACCACGGCUAGAAGUAAAGAAUCUCUUAUGAGAGUCUGGGAGAAAAUGAAGACUGAUGCGAAGUUAUACAAAGCACUUAGCAAAAGCAGUCACAAUGGCACAGGAGGUGGCCCAUCGUGUGUUAAAACAGAUAUAAUUUUGGAACAAGUCAGUGACUUGAUGGGCCGAGCAUGUACAGGCAUAACUGAUGUCCAGGAUUCAGAUGCUGACCAAAUUACUGAAGCCAGUUCAUUACCAAUACUUGGUGAUGAGACAAUGGAAAUUUUAAUAUUUCAAAAUGAAAAUGUUAGUAUUUAUAGAAUUCUCUAUUAUGUAGGUAUAUUAAAAUUAGAAACUGACUGA